UUUUUUUUUUUUUUAAACUGAUUUUUUGGGGGAGAGAAGAUCUGCUUUUUUUUGCCCCCGCUGCUGUCUUGGAAACGGAGCGCUUUUAUGCUCAGUGACUCGGGCGCUUUGCUUCAGGUCCCGUAGACCGAAGAUCUGGGACCAGUAGCUUACGUUGCUGGAGACGUUAAGGGAUUUUUCGUCGUGCUUUAAAAAAAAUUUUUUUUUCCGGGGGAGUUUGCUUAUUUGUUUCUUUUCACACUGGCCUUAAAGAGGAUAUAUUAGAAGUUGAAGUAGGAAGGGAGCCAGGGAGGCCGAUGGCGCAAAGGUACGACGAUCUACCCCAUUAUGGGGGCAUGGAUGGAGUAGGCAUCCCCUCCACGAUGUAUGGGGACCCGCAUGCGGCCAGGUCCAUGCAGCCGGUCCACCACCUGAACCACGGGCCUCCUCUGCACUCGCAUCAGUACCCGCACACAGCUCACACCAACGCCAUGGCCCCCAGCAUGGGUUCCUCCGUCAAUGACGCUUUAAAGAGAGAUAAAGAUGCCAUUUAUGGACACCCCCUCUUCCCUCUCUUAGCACUGAUUUUUGAGAAAUGUGAAUUAGCUACUUGUACCCCCCGCGAGCCGGGGGUGGCGGGCGGUGACGUCUGCUCGUCAGAGUCAUUCAAUGAAGAUAUAGCCGUGUUCGCCAAACAGAUUCGCGCAGAAAAACCUCUAUUUUCUUCUAAUCCAGAACUGGAUAACUUGAUGAUUCAAGCCAUACAAGUAUUAAGGUUUCAUCUGUUGGAAUUAGAGAAGGUACACGAAUUAUGUGACAAUUUCUGCCACCGGUAUAUUAGCUGUUUGAAAGGGAAAAUGCCUAUCGAUUUGGUGAUAGACGAUAGAGAAGGAGGAUCAAAAUCAGACAGUGAAGAUAUAACAAGAUCAGCAAAUCUAACCGACCAGCCCUCUUGGAACAGAGAUCACGAUGACACGGCAUCGACUCGUUCGGGAGGAACCCCAGGCCCUUCCAGCGGUGGCCACACAUCACACAGUGGGGAUAACAGCAGUGAGCAAGGUGAUGGCUUGGACAACAGUGUAGCUUCCCCCAGCACAGGUGACGAUGAUGAUCCAGAUAAGGACAAAAAGCGUCACAAAAAGCGUGGCAUCUUUCCCAAAGUAGCCACGAAUAUCAUGAGGGCGUGGCUGUUCCAGCAUCUAACACACCCUUACCCUUCUGAAGAACAGAAAAAGCAGUUGGCACAAGACACGGGACUCACCAUCCUACAAGUGAACAAUUGGUUUAUUAAUGCCCGGAGAAGAAUAGUGCAGCCCAUGAUAGACCAGUCCAACCGAGCAGUAAGUCAAGGAACACCUUAUAACCCUGACGGACAGCCAAUGGGAGGUUUUGUCAUGGACGGUCAGCAACACAUGGGAAUCAGGGCACCAGGGCUGCAAAGUAUGCCAGGGGAGUAUGUAGCUCGGGGUGGUCCAAUGGGUGUGAGUAUGGGACAGCCAAGUUAUACCCAACCCCAGAUGCCCCCCCAUCCUGCUCAGCUGCGUCAUGGGCCCCCCAUGCAUACGUACAUUCCUGGACACCCUCACCACCCAACAGUGAUGAUGCAUGGAGGACCGCCCCACCCUGGAAUGCCAAUGUCAGCAUCAAGCCCCACGGUUCUUAAUACAGGAGACCCAACAAUGAGUGGACAAGUCAUGGACAUUCAUGCUCAGUAGCUUAAGGGAAUAUGCAUUGUCUGCAAUGGUGACUGAUUUCAAAUCAUGUUUUUUCUGCAAUGACUGUGGAGUUCCAUUCUUGGCAUCUACUUUGGACCAAGGAGCAUCCCUAAUUCUUCAUAGGGACUCUUAAAAAGCAGGAAAUACCAACUGAAGUCAAUUUGGGGGACAUGCUAAAUAACUAUAUAAGACAUUAAGAGAACAAAGAGUGAAAUAUUGUAAAUGCUAUUAUACUGUUAUCCAUAUUACGUUGUUUCUUAUAGAUUUUUUAAAAAAAAUGUGAAAUUUUUCCACACUAUGUGUGUUGUUUCCAUAGCUCUUCACUUCCUCCAGAAGCCUCCUUACAUUAAAAAGCCUUACAGUUAUCCUGCAAGGGACAGGAAGGUCUGAUUUGCAGGAUUUUUAGAGCAUUAAAAUAACUAUCAGGCAGAAGAAUCUUUCUUCUCGCCUAGGAUUUCAGCCAUGCACGCUCUCUCUCUCUCUCUCUCUCUUUCUUUCUCUCUUUUUCUCUCUCUCCCUCUCUCUCUAGCCUGGGGCUUGAAUUUGCAUGUCUAAUUCAUUUACUCACCAUAUUUGAAUUGGCCUGAACAGAUGUAAAUCGGGAAGGAUGGGAAAAACUGCAGUCAUCAACAAUGAUUAAUCAGCUGUUGCAGGCAGUGUCUUAAGGAGACUGGUAGGAGGAGGCAUGGAAACCAAAAGGCCGUGUGUUUAGAAGCCUAAUUGUCACAUCAAGCAUCAUUGUCCCCAUGCAACAACCACCACCUUAUACAUCACUUCCUGUUUUAUGCAGCUCAAAAACAUAGACUGAAGAUUUAUUUUUAAUAUGUUGACUUUAUUUCUGAGCAAAGCAUCGGUCAUGUGUGUAUUUUUCCAUAGUCCCACCUUGGAGCAUUUAUGUAGACAUUGUAAAUAAAUUUUGUGCAAAAAGGACUGGAAAAAUGAACUGUAUUAUUGCAAUUUUUUUUGUAAAAGUAGCAGUUUGGUAUGAGUUGGCAUGCAUACAAGAUUUACUAAGUGGGAUAAGCUAAUUAUACUUUUUGUUGUGGAUAAACAAAUGCUUGUUGAUAGCCUUUUUCUAUCAAGAAACCAAGGAGCUAAUUAUUAAUAACAAUCAUUGCACACUGAGUCUUAGCGUUUCUGACGGAAACAGUUUGGAUUGUAUAAUA